AUGGCAUCGGAUACUGCAUCCGCUACGGUAAUGCCCACGCCCUUGGUGCCGUCUAACCGUAGCAUGUCGCGGGUGAUCGCUGAUGUGCCCAUCUGGGUGAUACCCUGCUACAGCAUCAUUCUGCUUUGCGCCGUCGUGGGAAAUCUGCUGGUGGUGCUCACCCUGGUGCAGAAUCGCCGCAUGCGCACCAUUACCAAUGUUUUUCUGCUCAAUCUGGCCAUCUCGGACAUAUUGCUGGGCGUGCUCUGCAUGCCCGUCACCCUGGUCGGAACGCUGCUGCGCAACUUUAUCUUUGGCGAGACCCUCUGCAAGCUCAUCCAGUUCGCUCAAGCCGCUUCGGUGGCAGUUUCCUCUUGGACCUUGGUGGCCAUAUCCUGCGAGCGCUACUAUGCCAUUUGCCAUCCGCUAAGAUCUCGCACCUGGCAGACCAUCAAUCAUGCCAACAAGAUCAUCGCCUUCAUCUGGCUGGGCAGUCUGGUCUGCAUGACACCAAUCGCGAUAUUUAGCCAGCUAAUGCCGACCAGUCGUCAGGGGUUGCGCAAAUGCCGGGAACAGUGGCCGGCCAACUCUUUGGGCUAUGAGCGGGCGUACAACAUAUUUCUCAAUCUGGCGCUACUCGUGCUACCGCUAAUGGCGCUCAGCUUUGCCUAUCUGUUUAUCACGCGGACUCUCUAUGUGAGCAUGCGCAACGAGCGUGCCAUGAACUUUGGCAGCAGCGGCCCCGACGUCGGCCUCACCACCAACAGCAGCAGCAGCAACAACAACAGCAGCUGCACCGGCAUCCGGCGCACCUACGGCAACUCCAACUACUUGAUGCGCAUGCAGAUGCGCCAGGAGGCGCUGGCCAUCGAUGGCAGCGCCAAGCUGGAUAUGCUCCUUCAGCAGCAGAAAGCAAGCGGACCACCGCAGUACUAUUACGACAUUACAUUAAAUGAUUUGGUUAUCAGGCAGAAACAAAUAGUCCCGCCCUGCAAGCGAUUUUAUAGAGGUCUCUUGCUGAUUCUCACCUGCCGCAUCUAUGGCUCCCCGCGCAUUGAUGGGCACCGAGUCUUCGCCGCUGACCAGGCGAAUGUGGGCCAUGCGUUCGGCGUCUGCCGCCGCGCCGGCCAGUUCGAUAAUCUGUCGUGCGGCUGCCACACUCUGCUCAAACUCGACCUGCCGCCUGCGGUCGUUGGUGCUCUUCAUGGCGGUGCGAUAGACCAGAUCCACCAGGCGGCUGCUGUAGCCAUUGUCGAAUACGCCCUCGCGGCGCAAGAGUGCGUUGCGCUGGCGCAGAGCAGACGCUCGGCCGCCCAUCAAAUCGUAUGGAUACAGUUGCUGACCUUGGGCAAAGCGGAAGGCUACACACAAGGCGGCAGCAAGCGCCGCUUGUUCGGCUCCUGCGAUGGCCGGCGGCAUCUUUACUGCAUGCGCAGUGCCUCGGUCAAGUCGCUGCGGCAACAGCAACAACAGCAGCAGCACCUUGGCGGAUCUGGAGACUGCUGUGCCCGAAUGCAGCGAAUGCGGCAGCAGCAGCUCAACAUGACCGCGGGCAACGAUGGAGAGCGGCGCAAGUCGUUGUCCACGCCCAGUUUGCGUAUCACGGAGGCAACACUGCGCAGAUCCAACGAGACCAAGAGCUUGGAGAGCAAGAAGCGGGUGGUAAAGAUGCUGUUUGUGCUGGUGCUGGAGUUCUUCAUCUGCUGGACGCCGCUGUACGUGAUCAAUACGAUGACUAUGCUGAUUGGGCCCGUGGUGUAUGAGUAUGUGGAUUAUACGGCCAUAAGCUUCUUGCAGCUGCUGGCCUACUCGUCCAGCUGUUGUAAUCCGAUCACCUAUUGCUUCAUGAAUGCGAGCUUCCGGCGUGCCUUUGUGGACACCUUCAAGGGCAUGCGACUGUGCGAUGGCGGACGCUUUGGAUUUUGUCGACGCCGUUCCAAGAAUGAGACGAACCUAUCGGUCGCUGGCAACUCGAUUGCGCUGGCCAAUUCGGCCAUGUCCAGCCACACCAUACUGGAGAGUCCGCGCCUCUGA